AUAAACUGUGAUCUGUUUUUUUUUUUUAAAGAAAUAAGAGAAAGGAAAAUAAAACGACUUAAGGUGCGUUCAAGAAGUUUUGGAUGAGUUUUCCGUCAGCAUGUUGAGCCUGGAGAUUUUUGAGAGUGAAGUUUUCGCAGUCAUGGAGACGCUGGUGGAAGCAGCGGUGACGGAGGUGAGGAGACUCCUGGAGGAGAAGCGUCGAGGCUGCUCCACUCCCGCUCUGAAAACUGACGAGGGCGAGAGCGAGGACUCAGAAGCCAUGACGACUCAGUUUGCUUCCCUCAUGAAAACGUGGACAAAAGGUGCAGUGGAGAAGAUAUCCAUGCUCCUGACGGUGUCUAUGGGCCAAUGUGAAUGCGGUGCUGUUGCAGAAAAGAGUAUCACACUGUGUGCUGGGCAGACUGGUCAUUCAAAAGAGCUUGAUGAUGUAUCCAGAAGAGAACAGAACGACAACCAAGAUGUUGUGACACAUGAAGAGAAUAACUCCAGAUACUUAUCUGACAAACAAAACACCCCGUUGACAGAGUCGGAGUCUGAUGUCGCUGAGGUUGUUGUCCAGCUGGACAUAGAUUCAUCUGCAUCCAAGAAGAAGAGCAAGAAGAAUAAGAAGGCUCACCCGGGGCCAAUCAAGUGUCCUUGCUGUGACAAAACAUUUGCUCUGAAAUGUUUCUUCGAUAAGCACUUUCUGUAUCACUCCAAACCUCACCUGUGCUCAGAGUGCGGCAAACGCUUCGCCCGACCUGAGGGUCUGGCGAUGCAUUCAAGACGUCACUCCGGAGACAAGCCUUUCAAAUGCUGUCAGUGUGGGACGAAGUUUGCAUACAAGAGUUCCUUCAACAGACACGUGCAUCAGCACAGCGUGAAGAAAGAGAGAAGCUACACAUGCACGCUUUGCGAGGGCGAGUUUGUGGGGCUGCCGGCUCUUCAGCGGCACAGGUGUCCUGCGGUGACGAAGCCAUUUGUCUGCUCCCUUUGUCCCACCACCUUCGAGUGCAGAGAGAGUUUGGCUGAACACGAGAACCAGCAUUCAGGGGACAGGCAUUUUGUGUGUGAAACUUGCGGCAAGUCUUUCCUUUCGUCGUUAUCAUUGUCGACUCAUCGGGUGACUCAUAUACAGACGAACAGCCGCUGCGAAGAACUCGGCCUCAGCAGCAGCAACGUGAGUGUCUCCAGGAAUCACCUGCGUACGCGCACCGAAGAACAACCUUUAACCUGUGAGGUGUGUGGCAAAGGCUGCAGCCACCAGAGUGCCCUGAAAUACCACAUGCAGACUCACACAAAGCGGCUGUACGUUUGCGAGACCUGUGGCAAACGGUGCGGCCAUGCCAGCGCGCUUCAGAACCACAUGAGGAUCCACACCGGGCAGAAACCAGGUCAGCCUUUUGCUUGCAAUGUGUGCGGCAAGCAUCUCGGCACUAGAGCCAGGCUCAGGUACCACAUGAAUAUGCACACUGGAGAAAAGCCUUUCACCUGCGAUCAGUGCGGUAAGUCGUUCGCCAGACCGAACAGCCUGAAGUCGCACUGGGUGGUUCACACCAGGGAGAAACGGUAUGCUUGUAUCGUCUGUGGCAGGAGGUUCACCCAGCCCGGCAGCCUCAAGAUGCACCAGCGGCUCCACACCGGUGAAAAGCUGACUCGAUCAGCAUCCGUGGGAAAGGAGACGAUGACUGUGUCACCUUAAAGAAAUGUCACGAGUCACACAAAAGGAUACAUGUCAACUAGACCUAGUUUUUCCAAAAAACUGGGUAAUAGUACCUGUGGAUGUGACGCUAGUAAGGGUUAUUAUGGCAGUCUAACAGUUGACCCUGCAAGCCUGACCUUUACCCAAAUGAUUGACCUCUGGUCAAAUUAAGUGCAGAUCAGAGUGAAAAACAUAAACUUUGACGUUUGACCCCUGUGAUUGACUUUAGGAAAAAUGAUGUUGCCUGUGCAAUUCUAGAGCCCUCUGACAUACGUGUACCAGAUUUGGUGAACUUUGCAGUGAAAAUAGUAAGUUUCACCUUUAGUCCCAAUGACCUUGACCUUAAGGUCAAUUCUGAGGUCAGCCUACAUGUACACAGCAAGUUUGUCAGAGAUUGGUCCCAGCACCACAGAAAUGACAAAACAAAAACUUAAAAUUUUGUGAUUUAGCUCAAACUGACAAAAUUUGACAAUGAAUAGUCGUAAAAUAUCUUUUUUUUUUUUUUUUUUUAAGGCUACGCCUGUCUGGUUGUUCUUCUUAACUAAGCUGGCUUUGAAUUCAGGAUUAUCAACUGAUGCUGAUUGUUGCUCCGCUACGGAAUUUUCUGUAUACAUAGAAAAAACAAUCAGUUUAAAAUGGACCUGUCGUGUUUGAUUGUUUGCUCAGUAAGGUCGCUGUUGACACAGAUCCAGCAUCCACAUCAGUGCAGCCAUCAGGUUUUUUGUUGGUUAUACUUGAUUGCUUACAGAAUUUUAAUAAAGGCCAGCUUUCCC